AUGUUAUUAAUAUAUAAAAAAAUAAAAGAUUCUAAGCCGGCUUACCAGUUUUUGGAAAGCAGACCUGGAUAUAUUCCUGUUUAUAUAAGGUUGGGAGAUCAACCUCUUAGCGAAAUACAUCCUCUGUUAGCUGAAGCAUUUGGCGAACGCAUGUUUCUCGCUCAAUCAAUUCUGAAAACUUUUCUAAAUAUAAUAAAUAAAAUAACGUCAUUUAAUUCACAGGAACUCGAUGAAAAAGAAAUAACUCCCUUAGGUUCUUCGUCAUCAGAUUCUGAUGAAGCGGGCCUUUUUCUUAAUGAAAUUAUUCCUGCUGAUGAAACUCAACUUGGUAACAAGAAGAAAAAAAAUUCAUAA